GUUGGGGUUGGGGUUGAGCAUUUAAAGACUCAUCAACGCUAGUAGUUAGAAAGUGAUAACCAUACUACUCUCUACCACAGUAAGAAUGAUCAAAUUUUUGGUUGAUUUGAAGUUUGGGCUUUUAAUUGGGAAGGGAGGUCGGCACUGUCUGAUGCAUACAGCCAUGAACCAUCAACACCAAUUAUCAGAUUAUAUGUGCUGGAUGCUGACCACCUCCUGCUACCCAAAUUAAACAAAUAAUACUGUUGCUUUUCAAUCUUACAACUCAGACUUCUUCUUCUUGGUGUUAUUGUUCUUUUUCUUUCUUCUUUUGAGUCAGUGAGAGAAGAGAGACAGAGAGAUGGGGAAUUGCCAGGCUAUAGAUGCAGCAACAUUGGUAAUACAGCACCCAGGUGGGAGAGUGGAGAAGUUAUAUUGGCCUGUUACUGCAAGCGAGAUCAUGAGAUUGAACCCAGGUUACUAUGUUGCUCUUAUUAUCGCUUUCUGUCUCCCAGAGGAAGAGGACAAACGUCAGGACGCUGUUCGAAUAACGCGUAUCAAGGUGCUCCGCCCAACUGAUACUCUUGUUCUUGGCCAAGCCUAUCGUCUCAUCACCUCUCAAGAGGUCAUGAAAGGACUCUGGGCAAAGAAGUAUGCAAAGAUGAAGAAGACUCAAGCCGAAUCCAUUGAAAGACCACUAAGAAUGACUGACAAGCAGACUUCAGGAAGUGAAGUACAAGGAAGAAUGCCUGAUUUAGAGAAAACGAACCAGGUGUCGAGACAUGAAAGACAUCAACCCAGGACAAUGUCGAUGCCAUCCACUUCUUCAAGGUCAAGACCAUGGCGUCCUUCGUUACAGAGCAUAUCUGAAGCCAGUAUCUGAUGAUGUUUCAACAAACCCCCACAACUAUUACAAUAGUCAGAAUGAUCAAAAAACAAAGAAAUUGGGGCUUCUCAACCAGAGACAAGUCCAUCAUGAUAGUAUUCUCAAACAUGGGAUAAUAAUUAGCGUGUUAUGUCUACGGAGGUGGGUAUGCUUGCUAGGUGAUCCCAAAACUACCUCCAAGCACACAGCUCCCACAUCCCUACUGGUUCAAAAGUAAUACACCUCUUGUAUACCCAAGAAAAAGAGCUCACGCAUCCCAAUGCUGUUGUAAUCACACUAUUAUUCUGGAAUGAAAUUAGAUCUUGCUUUACC